AGGUUCGUGGCGCGCGCUCGACUCAUUUGUUCGUUCGUUCGUUUGCUCGCUUGCUUGUUGGCUGGUUAGUUGGCUCGAUUGUUGUGCGUACUCAAAAUAUGUUUGUAAAACGCCUGCAUCAAUGCUUUAUGCCUUCAGUUUGCUGUGAACUGCUGACGAGAACGGCCGCAUAGCUAUCUGUUGCGCAAUAACCAAAAAGCUCUCUACCACAGAAUAUUUUUUAUCGUGUGAAUAACUCGAACCAUUUCUCGCACUCAACUGUUGUGACUCUCUUGUGUGGAAUUGUUCGUCUCGAGCCCGAUAUAUACACAGAGUGAAAGAGAGAGAGAGAGAGAGAGAGAGAGAGAGAGAGAGUGCAAGCUUGAAGCAGCGUUAAACGUUUUGUUAGUUACCAAAUCGUUAUUUUUCCACUGCACAAUUUUUUCCAUUGUUGUCCGGUGAAUUUUUAUCGUUAGCACUAGCACACUAUUUUCUUCAAAAGUGCUUUUGAUUUUGAUGAUUUGUUCCGUUUUCCAAUGGGGAAGCGCGUUCAACUGAAAGAAUACUUAUGAUGGCAUUUCUUUUUAUACACGCUUAAGAGUGAUUCAUUUUAAACACAUAUCGCCAACAGGCAAAGCACUAAAUCUAACAUACCAAAAGCAUUUCAAAAGUAAAUAAUCAAUCAACAUACAUAGUUGCAACAAACUAUCACGGAAAAAUACAGUGACGAAUGCCAACGACACUUUGGCUGAGAGAGAGAAAAACGGUUAAAAAAAGAUAAAAAACAUACACAUAUAAAAAGAUAAAUGAGUUAUGAAAUUAAAAUAAAGCAUAAAACGUUAAACACGUGCCUGUUCGCAUAUGCGCCAUCCUUAGGGUUUUCAUAUUGUGCUUCUGGGGAUGAUGAGAAAUUAGAAUAUCCAUUUUAACCAACUAAACAUUCAAACAAUCAAAAACAGUUACACACCGCUUGAGAAGUGAAUGCACACGAGAAUCAUACGCGCAUUCAGAUACACACUCGUUUUUUGGAUCGUAACAAACAUCGUGGCCACAGUAAAUAAGCAAAGAAAGAUAACGCACGGUUCGUAAAAUUUUCAAUUCCCAGUGUAGAAGAUAAUUGUGACCGAGUGACGGGCUUAUUUCGAGCACACCGAUACAAACGAACAUUCACACGAAAUGUUCUGAAAAGAGGAAUUAAAACCAGAUUCAUUCGUUAACAGAGAAAACUUUUCUGAGUGGAGAGAAGAAGUGAAAAAUACCAUCGAAGGAAAAGCCAAUCUUGAAAUAGAUGAAUUGCCGUGAAUAUUUGGUCGGGCUCUUAGACUGAAGAGAAAAAAAAUCAGAAACACCAAACUUUUUCACCGGAAAACCAAAAAAAAAACACAUAAAAAAGACGGUGACGAAGGAGAACAACAAACGAACGAAGCAAAAAUUUUGCUCACCACAUUCGAGAAAUAAAACUUUGUCGGUAUUCCUUGGAAAACGAACUUGUAAAUUCAGAUAAUUGCCGCACAAGAUGUUCUGGAUACUGAGGCGAACAGGUGCAGCUAACUUCUUUACGUCGAUCAAUAACAAUUAUUCAUCGAAGUCGCACACAAACAACAACAACAGCUAUGACAAAAACAGUCAGCGUCCACCGCGAAAAGCGUACGGUCGUCUCAGCGUUGAUUCCGAUGAAAAUUGUAAUCGAACGACAAAUUCUUCGAACCGCCCGAAGUACAAUAAUCCAUUCGAUGAGUUAGACAAUUUCGAUAUUCUCGACGAUUCGGCCAAAUGUUCGCCCAAUGACAAUUGCAAUUCCAAUUCAGCCACACAGGAACGAAACGACAAUGACUCGGACAUUGAAUUGGACUCAGCAUCGUCGAAAAGCAAUAGCAACGAACGUCACGAGAGCACAAUUAACCGAUUACAGGCUAUGGUCAUAAGCGACGACGACGAUUAUGAUGAGUCGUUGACGUGUAACGUAUGUGAUAGGGCGUUCCAUUGUCACCGACAACUCGCAUCGCAUCAGCAGAAGAAACGACAUUUCGGUUGCAGCGGAUGUGACACAUUAUUUCCAAGUCUUAUGCUUUUAGAGCAUCACAAAGAGGAAUUUGAACAUUGGAGCGAUGAAGAUGAUGACGAUAGACUGCCUCCGUGCUGUCGACGAAAUCGAGACGAAUACACUGACACUGAUUCAUUCACAAGCGAAGCCGAAAGCGAAGAUCUCGAACGGCUAUUGUAAGUCAGGGCAUACGCAAAUGCAUUUACAGAGCUCAAAAACAUAUCCAUUCGAUCCAGCAUCAAUUGCAAUUGUUGUACAUAAGAUGAAGGAAAAAAAAUAGACGUACUGGAUGAAAUUCAGUAACAACUACAACCAGCCAUGCAGCACAACAAAUACAAACAUAUUGAAAGAGCAGCGCUCGCGCACAUCAAAGUCAACAUGUGUGUUCGGAGUUGUCCCGGCAAAAGAUUUUAAUUUUCGAUGGUUCGUUUAUAGCGAACGGUUCGUUUAUAUUUGCAUGUAAACAUGUUUACACAUUAUUUGUAUGACAAUCUUUUAAUUUAGGUAAUCCUGAUUUUGACAUUUCUCUCAAUAGAGCGUGCGCAUGAGUGAAAAUGAAUUUUAUAUUUGCAAAUGCAUAGUGAAUAGAACGGUAACAAGAAAAUGAAGAGAAGAAACUAGUUUUUAUUUUUCUACCCGACACACUCUUACACACACAUACACACAUAUAUGACCACAAUAUUCAACGAAGAACGCCAUGCAAAUGAAUUGAGAAAAUCAACUGCUAAACAUUCCAAUGCACAUGAAUUCCAAACAAAAAGGAAAGAGCCAAUCAAAAUUUAUACAAUCAUCGACUUGUCCAGAUUACAUGUGACAAAACGAUGAUGACGAAUAUGGAGGAACGAUGAUAACUUUCGAGAAGUAAAACAAGAAAUUAAGAAAAAAUCGAUGCGAAAUUGAUAGGAUUAACCUUUUGAUGGGUAGGUGGAUACAGUGACGGAUGAAAGCAAGAAAAAUACAUUAUGUAGAACAUUUAAUGUCUCUUUUUUCAAUGUAGCAUUAAAUUGCACGAAUUUAAAUGUAAUACAUAACAACAUAACUUAGAGCUAAAAAAAACGCCUAAUGUUCUCAUUACUAGACGAAACUCAAGCCGAUUUCGACUACCGAUUUGAAAAAGGAAAAAAAACUGAUACCAACAUGCAUAUCUGUGUAAUUUUACUUUCAAUGAACCCGUUUUUCUUUUGUUUUCCAGAAAUUUUUUAGAAAAAGAGAACAAAAACACAUAGCCCUGUUAACAAUGUUAGUGCAAAGAAACCCAUAACAAUUUAGUCUAAGGCAAAUCAAUUUCAAAUCGCAAGGAAAAAGUAAAACCAAAUGUUUAUGUGCAGCAUCAAUAACUAGAUUUCCAGCGAUGAUGACUAAUGACAGCAUUCUCAGUUGAUAGUGUCAUCUUCAAUUUAGUUUUUCUUCUUUCCAAAUUGACAUUGAUUUUAAAUCUCGUAACAUCAAUAGAAUAACUUGAUGAAGAAAAAAAAACAGUUCUAGUUACCAUGUGAACAGUUCAUUCCAAUAGAAAUGAAUUGCAACAAAUAUUUGAUUACAUGCAUUUUACAUCAUAUUUGAUGAAGCAGAUGAAAAACAAAACAACCGUUUGCAAGUAGCGAUUUUUUUUCUAUACAAAAUAAGAUUCUUCGAGGACACGUCUUGUGUUAUAUGAAUUUCCAUUUGCAAAUGUAAUUUCAACUGUGUAUAGUAUAAUUGCAAACGACACAUUGUCCAAUGGCGAAUGCGGGAAAAUCUGAAGAGCAAGAAUAAGAAGAAGCAAAUAAUAAUAUCUGAAAGCGUGCUCAGCGAUUUUAAGAUAGAAAAAAAAAUGUGUGUGGUAAAGAAAAGAGCGAAUCAGCGAGAAUCACACGGACUGCGACGACGACGACGACGAAGAAUAAAAGUAAGAAAGCAAAAAAGCGCUAGCAUAUAAAAAAAAGCAUGAAUACUGUAAUGAUAUUAUUUUAAAUCCGAUUAACUGAUUUAUCGUCUGAGAAUGUUGUUAUUUAUAAAAGUGAAGAAUAUAACUUAAACAGAACAAAUAAAGAACCUAAGACAAAAUUGCAACAUUGUACUACUGUAUUUAUCAGAGAAAAACCAAAUUAUGUGUGACUUAAAGAAUAAUAAACAAAACCAAAUAUAUUUAUUGUAUAAAAAUCAGAAA